ACUAAACAUCUAAACUUUCGUUGUAUGCAGGUGGCCACACGUUAUCUUUCAUUGGCUUUCUGUGGCAUAAUUUUAAUGUUUUUUUUUCUCUUAAGGAAAAUGGCUGAAGAUCUUUCUGCAAAUUUACAAAGCUAUCAAAUUCAACUGCAGCAAGUUGAAGCAGCGCUAACUAACGAUCCAAGCAAUGAAGAACUGCUAAAGUUAAAGAAAGAUUUGCAGGAAGUUAUUCUUCUCACAACUGAACUUAUUACUGCAAAUUCAGAAAAAGCUGCCCCUACACUUAGUUAUGAAGGCUCCAGUAAAGAAUCCAGUGCGCUCCAGUGUAGGUGGAACACUGGAGACAAGUGUCUAGCUCCCUGGUCUGAAGAUGGGCAAUACUAUGAAGCUAUUAUUGAAGAUAUAACUGAAGAUGGCCAAUGCACUGUUCAUUUUGCUGCCUAUGGCAAUACAGAUGUAUCAGAUCUCGAACACUUACGUCCUUUGGAUAAAGAUCACGAUUUUCCUGAAAGUUCUUCGAAAUCCAGAAAACAAAUCAUUCAAGCACAGAAGGAAUAUAAAAAGAAAAAAGCCCAGAAAAAGGCUCAAAGGAUGAAGCAGUUAGAAGAGGAAAGAGAGAAGGAAAAAUUGAAAUGGCACAGUUUCAAUGCUAAAGCAUUUAACAAAAAAGGUCAUGUAAAGAAGAGUAUUUUUGCCUCACCAGACAACAUUAACGGACGAGUCGGCAUUGGGACUUGUGGCAUCGGUGGAAGACCCAUGACAGAAUUCCAACAACAAGAAAAAUGGAGACGGCCAAUGGGAGGCCCAUUGAGCAAUUUAAAGGCAACAGCCUUAAAAGGACAGUCAUCACAUAUGUAAUAAAAUCAUUUCACUGUUUUCCCAUCUGCCUGUACAUAUAAAAGUCAUUUUAAAGCUGGAGUUCAGCAUUGGCUAAACAUCAAGUUUAAGCUGUUAGAAAUCGUUUAGUCUUGCACGAAAUACAAGUUGAUUUGAAAUGUGGUGUUGCUGUUAAUGCAAAAGUACAUUUCACUGAAAAGGCCUUUGUAAGUAAUUUAAAGAUUGACUGCAGUUUUUCCAGCGAAAUAUUUAAAAGUCACCAAGAUUCUGUAUUUCUCAAGACUUCUUUUUAAUCGUGUAAUGUUUAUAUUGUGAAAGAAGAGAGAAUAUGCUGAAUUACCUUUUCAUGAAAAAUUGAGAUUUGGGGAUUUAUCCCAAUGUUGUAAAUAAAAUAAUUAUUAUAUUAUUGUA